GACAUCUCUAACCGGGAGGCGGAGUCAGAGACGUGGAAGACGAUCCUUUCCGAGGUUCGAUUGGUUCACGUCAACACGUCCGCUGUCCUCAAGCUGAGCGGUGCGUCUCUUCCAGACUGGGGUUUCCGUCAGCUGGAGGUCGUUGCAGAGAAACUGUUUAAAGCUCACAGCAGCAGUUUGGGAUGGACCGUCGAGGAGCACCGAUACGGAACCAGUCAGGAGCAGAAGGAGAGGGAGGCGGAGCUUCAUUCUCCAACUCACAUAGACGUGGACCGAAAAAUUUCCUUCUGGGCCAAAUUUUUAGAGCUCCAGUGGAAGAUGCUGACGGUAAAACAGGAAGACUCGGAGCACAAAUACAGCUCCUCCCCCCUCGAGUGGAUCACCAUGGAAACCAACAUCGCAUACUGGUUGCACUCAUCCACCAACGCUCAGAUCCAUCUGAUUGGUAACCCGGUGUCGUGGGGCGUGGCCAACUUCAGUCUGCUGGCCUAUCAGCUGCUGGCAGCCGUCUACCUGCUGAGGAGGAGGCGGGGCCUUAAAGACCUCCCUGAUGCUGUAUGGUGUCAGUUUGUGUGUCUUGGUUGCGUGUGUGUCGGCGGCUGGUUGGUGAACUUCGUGCCGUUCCUCCUGAUGGAGAAAACUCUCUUCCUGUAUCACUACUUGCCCGCCCUCUGCUACCUGCACCUGCUGAGCCCCGCCCUCCUGGAGCACGCACACACUCACCUGCUCAGCAGAGCGACACACCGGCGUGCGCUGUGUGUGUGCAUGGCAGCAGUGUUGCUCUCCGUCUUCCUGUCGUAUCGAACCUUCUGCCCUUUGACCUACGGCAGCCCGGAGCUGUCGGCCAAUCAGCUGCAGGGACUGAAGUGGCGGGAGUCGUGGGACAUCCUCUACCGUCGCCGCUGACGAGCUGACGGCGUCGGGGUGCGUUUGUUUUCCCCGCCACAGAAGAAAGAUUUCAAAAACUGUCAGUGACUUCCUGUCAGUGGCUGACUUCCUGUCAGCCUCCACAGUAAAGGUUUGUCAAAAGUGUGGGACUCAAACAGGAAACUGUGUGAAGUUUAACCCUUUGAAACCUGAGCAAAUAGGUGAUUUCUUUUAAAAUAUGGGGAGACAAUAGACAU